CGAUUUUGUCGGUGUUUACCUCCUGCACUCCGGUUGCUCUCGGGAACCUGUUUGUUGCAGGUAGCGAACGGCUUUGAACAGCGCGAUCGUUCGCGCCAAGUCAGUCUAGCUCUAGGCGCGGAGGUGGAUUACCACGAGGCUUGGCGAGGAGAUCGUGAAGGCAGUGGAGGCAGUGGCCACUCUAGUAGCUCCUCCAGUAUAUCAACACACGUGAGCUCUCCCUCGUCCACCUCUUUUGCAGACGACUCUACGAAGGACUUGAGGACCGAAAUUCCACGUAACCCUUCUCAGAACGGCAGCCCUAUUCAAGGGGCUUGGAGUGCUGUAUCCACAGAGGGGAAUAUCGGGACAGAGUUGCAGUUUAGUACUAGUGCGUUUCUUGCUUCUGGUACUCCUCAAAAACCCGUCCCGGGUGGAGGCAGUGGCGCUUCAUCGACGAAACCAGGAGAAAAUUGGAAUAUUCUUGUGGCGCAAUUGAAUUUUCCGGAUCGCAUGCGUUAUUACCUGUCGAAAUUGAAUGAAGAAGACGACACAGCAGUCUCGAAGAAUGGAGUGAAAGGUAAGGCAGGAAGUCGAAAGAAGCCUGUGUACGACCUAGCCGAAUACACUACGAAUUUCAUGAAGGAGCAUCUCAAAUACGACUUCGGUCCCGCCGAGGAGAUGACUGCCGGACACGCUGGUGAAAGCGCUUCUGCGGAAAACCCAAAUGAUGAUAGUGGAGGCAGUGCCGAAAAACAAGACCAAAAAAAUAGUGAUACUAGUAGUACUGAUGUGGAUGACUAUGAGAAUGAAAGCAGAAGAAAAAACGAUGAAGCGAUAGAUGGCAAGACGGUUUCACAGGUCGUAAAGGACACUACCGAAGAGUCCAUGGCGAUGUCAGUUGGCCAAGAGGCGGGGCUAUCCGAGCUUCUCGCGUGGAACUAUCAUGGAGAAGAGGCUAGAGAAAAAGCCAAGAAGGAGAACAACGGGCAGUACAAACCUCCUGAUAAUGUGCCGCUUGUUGAUGUCGUGCUUAGCCACUUCCGCCUCUAUCGCAGUCAUGUCGCCUACGAGCGCCCUGAAAGUUUUGUUGAAGCAUUCAAAUGUAUUUCAAUUUUUCUUUUUUGAGUCUGUAAGUAAUUACAUCUUUGUUCUUAUUACUUGUAUAUAUUUAUAAAUUUAAAUAUAACACAACUACUUCUUCGACGACAGCGCGCAUGCCGCAGGGUAAGUACAGUAUUGAUACACGACGUAUUUGUUCUUGGCCUUAAUAGCUUCGGCACUUUUCUCGAGCUUACUCAGGUAUUAUCGCCAAGGACACGGUCUGCGAAGUAGCAUCGACGGAAGUCGAUCUUCCGCUCCCACAAACACCCGGUCAACAGUGCAGAGAGGUCGGAAGUAGGUUGAAGCGUCUUCGCGAUUUAGCACUGUACUCGCGAACAAACAACCUGGUCUCGGACAAGAAAAACAUCGUCUUGGGCGACGACAGUGCGGAAACGGAACGGAGAAUGCGGCUGUGGAAAGGUUUUUGGGAGUUGCUGAUUGACGAGUCGCUUCGCAGUGGCAGUGAGGGCGCCUCGAAGCAUAUGAUCGGGCUCGUAGAUGCUUAUUGCCGUCGGCAAAUUCCCGUUUAUGUCGACGGACUACAGCCACCCGUUUUCCUGUUCGGCGUCGUUGAGGACUUCCGUGCUCCUUGGCUCCUAGGAUCAGAAUUCUUUGUGAACGGCUACAGCCACGACUGGUAUCCAGCCUACAAUCGGCGCUCGGUUUUGUCGGCAAUGUAUCUCGCAGUGCAUGACGCUUUGGACGUCUUUGUGUUGAUGCCGGAUCCUUCGAAAAAAAAUUACAAGAGUCGUGUUUUCUUCGAGGAGCUUAUACAGAUUAUGGCAUUUUUCGAUGCUGGUGUCGUUAGCGUGCAACCUCUCACAGGCGAGAACGAAGAGCGUUUCAAUUUGCAGGUUUUGCAGAUCAUGUCUAGUGCCGAGAUGAGCGGAGAGAGCGACGACGCCUUCGAGAACCGACGGGAGAUUGAGGAUCUGAAUCUGGUUGGUUGGGAUGCUUCAGUGUCGAAGGCUAUCAAUUUUUCGAGACUGCGGGCGCGGCUACGAGCGUUUGCUUUCGGUCGCGGGUUUCGUAGUACUACCGUGGAUAGCAGUCGGCGAGGGCCGCCCGACACUCACAGAGCUGCAAAUACGAUGAUCGAGUUGACGAAGCAGACGCCACCCGUCGGCCAGAUGUAUAUCCCACCCAUCCUUAUUCCCGAUGCUGGGUUAUCGUUAUGGAGUGGCGCCGGCAGUGACACCUACGCGAGCGUAUUCACACACGACCUCAAAAUCGUCCUCGCUUUGCUCGAAGAAAAAAGGAAACGAAAAUUCGAUACGCCGAGCGUAGUCGUUUUCCAAUGUUUCCCGAAAAACUUCUACGAUGUCGAGUGCCAGGAGAGGGUCAAGCAGCUGGCAUCGAAGGUAGAUGAGUUUCAGGCGGCAAACUCCCAGGCAAUCGGUGGCGCGGGGUCUCAAAAUCAACCGUGGUCGUUCCUGAAGGUGUGGAAAAAUGAUGACCACCAGCUCAUCGCCUUCGAGUUCCAGCAUGAGAAUGCAGUCUGGUUCCACGAGCAAUCCUACUGGAGAGAAUUUAACGAUUGGCGAAGCGGCAGCAGCAUCCGACGCGUCAAUGUGAACACGCUGGAAUCCGCCGCCGACACGACGAGGAAUGCUGGCGCGCAGAGAUAUGUCUUGUGGCUGUCUCAUUCUGAGCUUCUUGACGGUAAUGCUUUCUCGGCGACGCACACACUCGGCAUCGGGCAGCACCGAAUUCCGCUUACCAUGUUAUUUUGUCCAGCAGAGCAGCUUCCCGACGCGUGCGCGUUGCAUAACGCGCUUUUUACGCCGCGGGCGCCGAAGCUGGCCUCCCAAAAAGAUCCUGUUAGUGUGGGCGAUGCGGAACCGGCACGCGAAUGCAGGUGCCGCUCCGGGUGCAAUAUGGGGAGUGACAGUGAGAUUGAGGCACCCGCGCCACAGCUAGGAGGACCUGCAGAAAGCACUUCAACCUUGCAGCUCCAGGAGCGCCCGUCCAAGCUGCGACGGCCGAACUCCCCUAACACCGCUUUCGUCGCGGUGGAAGCGGAGCGCUAG